AAAUCAUAUAAUCACGUCUGUUGUUGGUGCAAUUUUAGCAAAGCAUACAUAAUACCUAUAGUUUUAACUUUCACUUUCUGUUGUACGUCAUACAUUUACUAACUACUCUCCAUGACGCUGCAAAUCCUACGCGUCAUACGUAAUUCAUUUACAAUUCGCUCUAGUAAUUGUACAUAUUCCAGUUGCCAUUGUCAACGUAGCAAAUACCGUUAUUCGGAGUGGGGUUGGGGACGCGCGAGGGGGGCACGUAUCAGUGGCACGGUUGAAGCGCGAGUUCACUCUGUCACUCGGUCAUUACGGUAUUUAUCUACUACGCGUCCCACAUUUACGAUCUUGAAAGAAAAAGUGACAAUGCCAGAAAACAAACCAUUUCAACGUCUUCCGAAGAAUGUUGUACCUAAACAUUAUAAUUUAGAAUUAGUACCGAAUUUGGAGAAAUUCACGUUUACUGGGAAGACGUCAGUGAAAGUGUCGAUUGUAAAUCCAACCAAAGAAAUAGUGUUGAAUUGUUUGGAUUUGGAGUUGACGAAUGUCAAAUUGCAAUACGGUUCCGAUUCCAUACUGAAUCCUGUAGAAGUUAGACUGAGCGUACCAAAUGAAACUGUCUCCAUACUUUUUGAAAAAUCAUUGCCGGAAGGCGAUGCGACACUAUACUGUGAAUUUACUGGCGAAAUUAAUGACAAAAUGAAAGGCCUAUAUAGGAGCAAAUAUUUGACUUCGAACGGCGAAGAACGCCACGCUGCUGUUACACAGUUUGAAGCUACAGAUGCACGCCGAUGUUUCCCUUGCUGGGACGAGCCUGCGAUUAAGGCUACCUUUGACAUAUCAUUAAAGGUACCUGUGAACCGUGUGGCCCUGUCCAAUAUGCCUGUCAAGGAUGAAAAGGUUAAUAAUGAUAUAAAAUUUGUGCAAUUUGACACCACACCUAUAAUGUCUACAUACCUGGUUGCUGUUGUUGUGGGUGAAUAUGACUAUGUUGAAAAGAAGUCCAAUGAUGGUGUGUUGGUCCGUGUUUACACACCUGUGGGAAAAAGCAAGCAGGGUCUCUUUGCCUUAGAAGUUGCAGCUAGGGUACUUCCAUAUUAUAAACAAUAUUUUGAUAUUGCCUAUCCACUACCUAAAAUCGACCUGAUAGCAAUAGCAGAUUUCUCUGCUGGUGCAAUGGAGAACUGGGGAUUGGUCACAUAUAGAGAGACAUGUUUACUGGUUGAUGAGGAACAUACCUCAGCAGUGAGAAGACAAUGGAUUGCAUUGGUAGUUGGCCAUGAAUUGGCCCACCAAUGGUUUGGUAACCUUGUUACAAUGGAGUGGUGGACUCACCUAUGGUUAAAUGAAGGUUAUGCCUCUUUUGUCGAAUUCCUGUGUGUCAAUCAUUUAUUCCCUGAAUAUGAUAUUUGGACACAGUUUGUGACUGAAACCUAUAUCAGGGCACUGGAAUUAGAUUGUUUGAAAAACUCACAUCCGAUUGAAGUUCCUGUUGGACAUCCUUCAGAAAUAGAUGAAAUUUUUGAUGACAUAUCAUACAACAAGGGUGCUUCAGUUAUUCGUAUGUUGCAUAGAUAUAUUGGUGAUGAUGAUUUUCGUAAAGGCAUGAACAUUUAUCUUACCAGACAUCAGUAUAAAAACACCUUCACUGAAGAUUUAUGGACAGCACUGGAAGAAGCAUCCAACAAACCCGUGGGAGCUGUAAUGUCUACUUGGACCAAACAAAUGGGCUUUCCAAUGGUGCAGGUGAGCUCAGAACAAAGAGGUUCAGAUCGAGUUCUCAGACUGACUCAACAAAAGUUCUGUGCGGAUGGUAACCAAGCCGAUGAUACAGUUUGGAUGGUACCGAUCACCAUCUCUACACAGGAACAACCUUCAAAGGUGGCACUUUCUACGGUAUUGGAGAAACGAACUCAAGAGGUGGUACUAGAGAAUGUUGCUGAACACUCAUGGAUUAAACUUAAUCCUGGCACUGUGGGAUACUACCGUACUCGUUACCCAGCUUCGAUGUUGGCGCAGCUGGUAACAGCGGUCCGAGAUGGCUCACUGCCGCCACUCGACCGCCUUGGAUUACUUGACGAUUGCUUUGCGCUUGUACAAGCCGGACACACGCAUACCGACGAGUCGUUAAAACUAAUGGAAGCAUUUAACAAUGAAACAAACUUUACGGUGUGGUCGUCAAUAUCCAAUUGCUUAUCGAAAUUAAGCGCUUUGUUCUCGAACACAGCUCUCGACAAACCCUUGAAAAAUUACGGACGCAAGUUAUUUUCGAACGUCACUAAAAGAUUGGGCUGGGAUGCUGAAGAAAAAGAAAGCCACUUGGAUACACUUCUAAGGAGUUUGGUACUCAAUAAAAUGAUUAGUUUCGAAGAUCCUGAAACGAUAAAGGAAGCUAAGAGUCGGUUUGAGAAGCACUUAUCGGGCGCUGCACCGCUGCCGGCGGACUUGCGUUCAGCGUGUUACCGCGCGGUGCUGGCGUCGGCGGACGCGGCUACGUUCGACCGCUUCCUGGAGCUAUACCGCGCGGCCGACCUCCACGAGGAGAAGGACCGCAUCAGCCGCGCGCUCGGCGCGGUUGCCGACCCCGCACUGCUGCACCGCGUUCUCGAUUUUGCUAUAUCGGAUGAAGUACGAUCCCAAGAUACAGUUUUUGUGAUUGUGUCUGUAGCUGUGAGUAAGAACGGACGAGAUCUGGCAUGGCAAUUCUUCAAGAACCAUUGGCAAGAAUUUAUGGAUCGCUACCAGGGCGGAUUUCUACUAGCGCGGCUCGUGAAGUCUACUACAGAGAACUUCGCGUCGGAAGCAGCCGCGCAAGAGAUUGAGGAAUUUUUCCGUACGCACGUUUCACCCGGAACGGAACGGUCGGUUCAGCAGGCGCUCGAGACAGUCCGUCUCAACGCCGCCUGGCUGCGGCGAGACCUCGCCACUACUACCGCCUACCUGCAGCCCUACCACUGAGCCUCCGCCGCUAACGAUCUACAGCCGACCACUGAGUUUCACCACCGCCAAGCCGCCAACCUUUUUUCCACAAACCAACGCCAUUGCUGGGUCCAAAUCACAAUGCUAAGCUCAUAACAAAAUUUAGUUGUUUGAUAGAACAGUAGGUGCAAUUCCCCAAUGUAGAUUUUAUUUGGGCCCAGUGAUAUUUUCCUUUCAGCGGUACUUUUAUAAUUAAUUGUAGCACGGCAACCAACCGUUAAUUUACUUUAAACAACUUAUCAUUAAUAUAUCACAAAUAAUACAAAAUAACUAUGUCAUGAUAGUCAUGAACAUGCAUAACACGACUUUACUAUCGGUUUAUUGAACAAGUUCUGUGACAGUAUUGUCGUUCCAUAUCGUACUACUGUGAAUUAUAAAAGUGCCCAAUCUAUAAUGUAAAAAUACUUAUCAGUUAUUUUAAUGUAAUUUACUUAUAGUAAACUAUUUAUUCCAUAUAUAUUAUGAGAAGCGCCAUUUUCAAUAUUAUACAGAUCAGAUCGAAAUUUCAAAAUAGCUACAAAUAUUGCCUAUCACUGUCAACAUUUUUAGACAAUAAUUAAAAAAUAAUAGUUAUGUUUAAUUAUUUUCAAAAAGCGCCCUGUACUCUUAUCAGUCUUCAGUUUUUAAGGUUAUACUUAUAAUACAAUAAUAUUAUACACAUAUAUUAUGCGCUGUAAUAGGCUAUAAAUUUAUAUUUGACAUAUACCAAAGGCCUAUAU